CUCCUUGGUCGGGCAGGACUCGUUCCGGGUCGCGGAAGGCGCAGGAAGUGUCAGGAGCUCCUGUGUUAAAGAUGGCUCGUAUUUCUCUGGAAGAACUAAAUGAAAUGAGUGAUGAGGUCCUUGAUGAAGAAGAUGAGCCAAUGGAUGGAGAGGAACAGAACAGGCUCUUUUCUCAUUGGGAGACAGUCGCCAGCACUCACCAAGUGUCACUUCCUCAAGAGAUGGCAGGUCCAAUAGUGCAAAUGACACGCCAUAACCAGACGCGCGAGCCUGUACCCUAUGCUACUUUAUCACAGCAUGAGAAGUGUGAGGAGAUAGCAUAUGAGGAACGGUUGUACCCAGCUGGGAAAUGGGCAUGCAUCACCAAACAAGAACCCAAGUAUGAGCAGAGCAUCUCUAUGGGUUUCAUGAAACUAAUACGGUACAUCUGCAAGGAAAACUCCCUAGGCCGCCACUUGGGGAUGACUGUUCCAGUGAUCAAUGAAAUCCACCUGAAUAAGGAAGGCACAGAAUUGCUUCAAGAGGUCAUCACAGCUUAUUACCUCCCUGAGGAAUUUCAACUCAACCCUCCUCUCCCCCUUGACCCAGAAAUCCAGAUUCAAGAAAGAGCACCAUUUCAAGUUAUCACCAGGGUGUUUUAUGGGACGACUACAGAAGAAACGAUUCUACGGGAGAUCCACCUUCUCUGGGAGUUGCUGGGCUCUACAGAUAAUGUGUUCCGUGAAACCUACAUGGUGGCUGCAUACCAGAAUCCAGCUGUACCUAACCGUCGUAAUGAGAUCUGGUUUAUUCGGCGAGCAGACUGAAGUGCAGUGAAUUCCUGACAAGAUUACAAUCUACCCUGUGACUGGAUCCCGGUUUAGAUGGCAGUUCUAGUCUGAAGGAGAUGAAUGCACAUCCCGACUCACUAUAGAAUAGAUGAGCCGCUCCUUUACCCCUGGGUGAACAAAGGAAUUAUGUUCCUUCCUAUGAGCUCACAGCCAAGGAAAAACUAGUACACCCAAAUCUCUCCCAGAGAAGGUUUCCAUCCCUCUCCUGUAGGGGAUGGUAUGACAGUAUGGUGGCAUAGAUGGAGAUUAUAUUGGAAAGAACAGUUGUCAGCUUCCAUGAGCCCUGAGUCUGUGCUACAGUGGAAUUAAGGUGUGCUGGAGAUUGUAGCCGCUGAGCAACCCAUAUUGCACAUUCCAAGGGUUAAUGUAUUGAUUUGGAAAUGAAAGAGGAGAGCUGGUCCAAACACCAUUGCCUGCAGCUGUGUCUGUAUAACUGAAAGACAGGAAUGGGUGAGGCACAGGCCAUCACCUCCAUUACAUAUAGAAGGAAGAUUUCACUUUUGAUGCCAUAGAGCAUUGCUUUUAGUCAUGUAUAUGAAAGGCUGCUACUCUCCUUAUUCUCCAACUACAACAAAGCUCCAUUCUUGCAGCUGAGGAUGGCUUUAGACUUUCCUGGAUGGAAUAAUUUGAGAACAUGUCCAGGAAAUCCCUGUCAAAAGCUGUGGCCAGAGAAAGAUCUGAGAAGUGCAUUUUAGGGAGAUUCUUCUCUAAAGCAUACAAUCCUGCUUUUUUUUUUUAAAACUGGUCCCAAGAGUACCCAAAGAGCUACAUGCCACUCACUGGCAGCUUCCUGCCUAUCAACCAGCUGGAGCUUUUGCCCAUUGCCUCUUGAUCAGGCAGGCCCAAGGGCUUAGUGUGAGUUAAACAGGCUAUGUAUCUGUAAGUUGUCAUUGGCAGCAUUUUUGUUGCUGUGUGUUGCGUUGUGCAUUGAUUGGUUGGUUUCACACUCAUGAAUGCUGCUGUCCUCUCCCAAGAGAGGAUGGUAAAACAAAGCAAACCUAAAAUAAAAUCUAGCUCAAACCUCUUAA